UUAACCGGUCAAGAUAGUUCUACAUCAGUGUUUGAAUUGUUUUAUUGAAAAUUUAACUUUAAAAAGUAAUUAGUAGUUAUUUCUGUAAAAAAUGAAAUUUCCAGUGUCGACUUUCGCACCAACAGUACAACUAAAUCCUUUAACGUUUGAAUGGUCGGACUAUUACUUGUUUGGGUUACUUUUGAGUUUGAGUCUUUUCGUUGGUUUGUAUUUUGCUAUAUUUGAUAAGCAAAACAGUACUUCUGAAUAUUUGUACGGUGGGAAGCAUAUGCACUAUUUUCCUGUCGCCAUCAGCAUUCUCGCAAGUUUCUUGUCAGGAAUUACAUAUUUGGGUGUACCAACCGAAGUAUAUUACCAUGGCACUCAAUAUUUUGCAGCAACAAUCGCAGCUCUUUUGAUAGGAUUAGCGUCAGCAUAUAUUACAAUGCCAGUAUUUCAUAAACUCCAAGUAUGCAGUUGCCAUGAAUACUUAGAAAUGAGAUUUUCAAAAACAAUUCGAGUUUUUGCUUCGGCUCUCUAUACUAUUUCUUUAUUUGUCUACAUCCCAGUUGUCGUUUACAUCCCUGCACUUGCUUUUUCACAAGUCACUGGUCUUGAUUUACAUGUGAUUACACCAUUCUUCUGUACUAUUUGUAUUAUUUAUACAACCUUGGGUGGAAUUAAAGCAGUAGUAUGGACGGAUACGCUACAGUUUAUUUUUACUAUAAGUAGCUUGGCUACUGUGUUAACUUUAGGUUUGAUGGCAGUUGGCGGUUUAGAAAAUGCAUGGAAAAUCGCAGAGAAAGGAGGACGAAUAAAAUUUUUUGAUAUGAAUCCAAAUCCAUUAGAUAGAAAUACGUUUUGGGCUAUGUCCGUUGGAAUGACAUUCACCAUGCUUAGUCGAUUCGGUUUAGGUCAAAAAUAUAUUCAACGUUAUUUAGCUAUCGAAAAGGAGUCUGACGUCAAAAAAGCCAUUUUACUGACUUCAAUAGGAUGGGCUAUGUUGCAAGUUGGUUGUGUUUAUGCCGGAAUUGUUAUGUACGCUCAUUACCAUGACUGCGACCCAUACAAAGCACAAUUAGUAAAACGGACCGACCAAACUUUGCCUUACUUUGUAAUGGAUAUUGCCGGUCACGUGUUCGGACUACCUGGUAUAUUUCUGGCUGGCCUAAUGAGUUCUGCACUUUCGACGAUGAGCGCCAGUCUUAAUACUUUAUCUGGAACUAUUUAUGAAAAUUUUAUAGACCGUUGGAUGUGUGAUGGUCCGAGAAAAGAUGCGAGAGCAGCUAAUAUUAUGAAAUUAACAUCAUUCAUCGUCGGCCUGAUGACUAUCGGUCUGAUCUUCAUUAUCGAGCGGCUGGGCACAGUAUUUGAGAUGGCCCACAGUUUGAACAGUGCCACAGAGGGACCACUUUUGGGAUUAUUCAUUCUGGGAAUGUUAUUCCCAUGCGUUGGUAAAAAAGGCGCAAUCAGCGGCGCUUGCACCGCACUGCUGUUCAUGGCCUGGUUAGUCGGCGGAACUCAGUGGCACAUUAUGCACAAACGAAUACACAACCCGGCCCUGCCCACCUCUGUCGAUAAUUGCCCAUAUCCUCUUAACGAAACUCUCAAGGGAUCCGAGAUAACGACCUUACCACCCAUCACUUCGGACUUUGGACACGCCGACCAACCGAUGAUACUUUUUCAAAUAGCCAUUUUGUAUUUCACGCUUAUUGGCAGCAUCAUUACGAUUCUCGUUGCUUGCUUCGUUAGCUGGCUUGUCGGCGAAACUGAAGAAACUGGCAAAGUUAAUCCUGAUCAUGUUUCCCCAAUAAUACGAGAAUACUUGCCACCUAGAGAUGCCUCUGUAGAACUAUCAGCGACUAAUAUACAUAUCAAACGAACUGAAAGCGGACAGUAACAGAAAACAAUUGUAUUUUGCAAUAAAACUAUGGAUGUUCAGUCAAUGUUGAUGGUAUUAAAGUUAAUAAAUAUAAAAAUAUUUAUUUGUAUUUUCGUGUAAUUUAAAUAUUUGGAAUAUAUUGUGGUAA